CUAUACCGCUUGCCAUCAACUACGCAUGUCCUUAUUGGAGUGUUUGUUUACUUGUGUUGUAUGUGUGUGCGACUGCUUUCCCAGGCUUUUGCAUAACAUUGUUUUACGGUUUAAACCUAAUUCUGCCGAUAUGGCAGCCACAGCCCCGAACCCGGAGGAUUCGAACAGAAGUAGCCCACCCACUGCACUCGCUGGGGAUGGGGAUUCAGAGGAGGCCGAAGAGUUUACAGCUUCAACCCACUGCUCAGAGCUGUCUCGUCGGCAGAAUGAGCAGAGGAAGACCGGGUUGUUCUGCGAUGUGACGUUGGCCUUCAGUAGCGGGGCAGCCAGCGAAAGGGUACAAAGUUGCGAAUUCACGGCCCACCGUUCGGUUCUGGCUGCUUCUACGGACUAUUUCACCCCGCUACUGGGGGGGCAAUUUUCUGAGUCGCUGUCCGGGCGGGUGGAUAUGAAAGAAUGGAGCUCCGAAACGGGGCCCGACCCAGAGACAGUGGAAAGCGUCAUACAGUUCAUGUACACUGGUGAAAUACGAGUGAGCACCGCCAACGUUCACGAAGUAUUGGAACUAGCUGACAGGUAAUUCGUCUCACAGUAUGCACUAGUUAGCUAUCUAUUUGGUAGCACUAACUUACUGUUUGUAUAGCUAAAAGUAGUUGCCAAAAUAGGCAACCGCAAUUUGUGGUCUACUGUUAACAGACCGUUUUCCUAUUACAGUGAAUGCCUAAAGCUGUACUUUAAUCGUUGUUCAAUUUGUGCCCUAACAAGCAAACAUAGCUAGAUAUUUUGUCAAACCCGGAACAGACACUUUCCCCAACCCCCUUUCAUAUGUAUUGGGUGCAAUGUAGGCUACGUUGCAGGUGCAGGACAGAAAAGCAGAACAGAAAAAGUGGUGGGAUGCGUUGGUUUGGGGAAAACUCUAGUUUCUAAGCUUUGGCAAUUGCAAUGUUCUAUUACAGGUCUAUAUGUAGGCUAUUAUGAUUUUAUUUAAAUAAAACAUGUAUAACCACUACCAGUGCCAUAUACAUUGAUGUACAUUGAUAUGGCUCUAACCACUACUGGUAGUCUGAGUGCUAUGUUGAUAAAGGUUGAAUAAAUGUGAUGCUUCAUUAGAACAUUGACUGUUUCAGGUUCCUGCUGGUGCAGCUGAAGGACUUUUGCGGUGAGUUCCUGAAGAAGAAGCUGAGCCUGGCUAACUGCGUAGCGGUGCACAGCCUGGCCCACAUGUACACCCUGGACCAGCUGGCCCUGCGUGCUGCUGACAUGAUCAGACGCAACUUCCACAAGGUCAUCCAGGAUGAAGAAUUCUACACGCUCCCCUUCCACCUGGUGCGAGACUGGCUGUCCGACGCCGAGAUCACCGUGGACUCGGAGGAGGUGCUCUUCGACGCUAUCGUCAAAUGGGUACAGCGCAACGCAGAGGAGCGAGAGAAGUACUUUGAGGAGCUGUUCCGUCUCCUACGGCUUCCCCAGAUCAUGCCCACCUACUUGACCCAGGUGGUCAAGAAGGAGCCCCUGGUGGCCAACAACGCCACCUGCCUGCAGCUGGUGUCCGAGGCCGUGGAGGGCCACGCCAUUCGCUUUGAGAACCUCAAGUCAGUCGACCUAGAGUUCUGGGCGUCGUACAUGGUGGCCUUCCAGCCGCGCUUCGGACAGAACAUGGACGUGAUCAUGGUGGUGGGCGGGGUGUCUGAGGGCGGCGACUACCUGAGCGAGUGCGUGGGCUACUUUGUGUACGAGGACCGCUGGGUCAACUUGCCCCACAUCCACAACCACCUGGACGGCCACGCCAUCGCCACCACGGACUCCCACGUCUACGUAGCGGGCUCCAUGGAACCGGGCUUCGCCAAGACCGUGGAGCGUUACAACCCCAAUCGCAACACCUGGGAACAGGUGAGUAACCUGACCACACGUAAGCACUCCUUCGGCCUCACCUGCAUCAAGAACAUCCUGUAUAGCAUCGGCGGCCACGGCAACUUCAGCCCGGGCUUCAAGGACGUGAGUGUGUACGAGCCCGAGCAGGACAAGUGGCACAACCUGGAGUCAGCGCCCAAGAUCCUGCGCGACGUGAAGGCGGUGAGCGUGGAGGACCGCUACGUGUACGUGACGGCGCGCACGCCCGUGGACACGGACAACGAGGACGGGCUGAAGACUGUGACCACGCGCUACGACACAGAGAGCCACCAGUGGCAGGAGGUGGAUUCCCUGCCGCUCAUCGACAACUACUGUGCGUUCCAGAUGGCGGUGGCGCCCACCAACUUCUACCACACAGCCUCCUGCUGCCCCAAGAGCUAUGCCGUGCAGGACGAGACCGCAAAGCAGAAGAUCAGUGCUCGCAUCUCAGACGACAUCCUGGAGAGCCUGCCGCCUGAGGUCACCAGCAUCGAGGGCACCGCCAUCUGCUACCUGGGCGAGGACGUGUUCGUGAUCGGUGGCUGGAAGAACAGCGACGACGUGGACAAGCAGUACCGCAAGGAGGCCUACCGCUACUGCGCUGAGCGGAAACGCUGGAUGCUGCUGCCGCCCAUGCCCCAGCCACGCUGCCGCGCCACCGCUUGCCACGUACGCAUCCCCUACCGCUUCCUGUACGGCUGCCAGCGCUACCCUAUGCCCCAGAACCUGGCGCGGCAGCGGGACCGCAUGCAGCAGAUGCAGCAGCUCCACCGCCGCACGCUCACCCUGCGCAGGCAGCUGCAGUCGCAGAUCGAGUGCUGA